AUGGGGCCGGUGAGCAGUGUUCUCACGGCUCGCGCAGACCCCGAUGCGCAGACGACCGUUACCGACUUCCUCGACUUCACGGAAUACCUUCCUGCCGACAUGGUUCGCUCCCUGACUUUGAUCGGUAAAUUGGAUGAGAGAUAUGCAGAUGCAUCGCACAAGGUCGACGACCUGACGACAUUAUGGGGGCAGCUCCCCGGCGUGCCGACACAUGAGCGCCCAUCUCCGGUGCAGCUGCGUGCUGAUAUUUCGGAACAUUUAAACCAAGCCCUGGAUUCGAGGAUCUUUGCCCACGCAGAGGCAAUGAGGAUGGCAGAAAAUGUGAACCGUCAUUACAACAAGGCGACGGCGCUCCUAUCUAAGCUUAAGACGAUGAUGGAAAACUAUCCCACGGAAGAGCAGACCCCUGCCGAGCCGAGAUCUCCUCAAAUGACUAGAGCGAAGCUGACAGUCAGAGCUACGGGGGAAGAUGGACAGAAAGUACGACGGUCUCGAGUGCCCCGAAUUACAGUUCCUGGAGAGGUUCUGGCGCCGUACGAAAUUGAAUACGAUACCUUUAGCGAUGAUAGCGAUAUAAGCUCUGAUGAGGAGUCCGAAGCGCCGGUAAUGAACCGCAGAAUUCAAGCUCCGACGCCUCGGAUCAAGCUGGUUAGCAACAAGAGCCAAAAGUCUUCAGGCCGUUCUUCACGCGGACAAUAUGCUACGCCUGCUUUGAGUGCUGCGGCAGCUGCGAAUGCCGCUGCGCUGCUUAAUCCUCCACCAGAGAAUGCCGUUAUCGGCAGCCCUGAUGCGCCAUGGCUUCAGUUGACGCAGUACGAGUUGGCCAAGCUAAGGAAACGGAUGAAGAAGAACGCUACGUGGACUCCCAGCGAGACAAUGAUUGCACGGGAACUAAAAGCUCUCGGCCGUGGACCGGAUGCCUAUAGGGAGGCGAAGAAGAAGGCAGAGGAAGAAGGUGCAGUGUUUGAAGCGACGGUACCAACGCCAAUUAUUGAUAACGAGUCUGGGACUCGACAAAUGCCUGCCGGUGCAAUAAGCGUCGACUCGUUAGCAGCCUCAGAGGUGCCCACCAGCAACAGAGGAAUGAAACUCAAUGAGGCGAAAAAGCUCAAGAGGGAGCAGCUGGCGAAGCUUGCGGCGGAAGAGGCAGAAGAGUCUGCCAGAAAGAUGCAACAGGCAGCAAAGCUGUUCCUGGGCGGCAGUUCGACUUCCAGCAUGACACCCGAGACUGCUAAGAGCCCGGGGUCACAGCCAAAACCGCGAAACAAUUCCAGAUCUAAGCGCAAGAGAGAGGCUGAAGGGGAGACCAACGGCGAUACGGCGGCGGCGGCAGGAACACCGACAGGACCAUCAUCAGUGGCGAUAGAAGGCGGUGAAGGACCAUCGUCAUCGCGGCCACCGGCAAAGCGCACCAAGACUGAGACACCGGUCCCACCACCGCUGCCAGGCAUGGUACCUCAGAGCAACUCGGCCUCCUCCGACAACUCUGCGCCCCCAGCUACAGCGACAUCUGGUGUAGCUGUUCCCCAGUCGGAGACUCCCGUCCCCAUACCAAUUCCUCCACAAUCUUCCGUCACGACUCGGUCAGCAACGUCUCCAGCAGAAGGCUCUAAUCUAGCCAAUGGCACAGGAACGGUUACCGUCACCACUCCUGCGCCUGUUAAGGCUCCGUUUGAAACCCCUGUGCCCCUCCCCAAGACGGAGCAGCAAAGGAUGUCUACCACACCGAUUCCCCCGCCAGCGAUUAGAGAGCUGCCCGGGCGAGAGGCGAGUAAACGUGAGACGCGGGGAGAGGCUGCGAAGCGAUCACAGCAGCUAUCGGCGUCCACGUCGCCUCAGCAGCCGCAAGACCAAUCGGUAGCGCCUGAAAUCUCCACCAAGCAAUCUUCGUCACGCGGUGGCACGCCCAGAUUAACGCCUGCCCCAGAGUCGCUCCCUCGCCGGCCCGGCUCCCGAGGGAAGGCGGCCAGCCAAGAACCGCAGCCGUCGUUGGCCGUUGAUAGAUCUCGGCGUGCCAGCACGGCUCGCAACACACCAGUUCCUGAGCUUAAGCAGCCGAGCAAACGCACUAAGCGCCCAGCCCCUGGUGUUGUGAGUACGACUAGCAGCGGUGGUAACAGCGCCGUUGGCAAGCGGAAAGCGGCGCCGAAGAAGAAGGCUCGUGCGACCAAAAAAGACAAAGGUCAAGUAACGGAGGAGAUGGAAGAUGUGGACGAUGAGGGAAACCCCAUUGACCCCAACGAACCGCGGUACUGCUUGUGUAACAGAGUGAGUUUUGGUACCAUGAUUCAGUGUGAUAACGUCGAUAAUUGUAAACAGGAAUGGUUCCAUCUUGAAUGCGUAGGCCUUUCAGAAAUCCCUGCGAGAACGACUAAGUGGUAUUGCCCGGAUUGUCGUAAACUUCUCAAUAUUGGAGAGAAGGGAGAAAUUAAUGCCCGGGGGGUGAAGAAAUAA